AUGAACGCUGAAAAAUAUUUCCAGACUCGAAAUUUAUACGAGAUUCUUCAAAUUACACCAAAAGCAAAAAUUCAAGAAGUGAAAAAGAGCUAUUAUAAAUUGGCUCGGAUUUUCCAUCCAGACCGUGCAGCUGAUUUUGAAAAGAACGAAGCUUGCGAGAAAUUAAACAUCAUUCACAACGCCUAUUCGAUCCUCUCUGAUCCAAUGAAAAAACGAAUGUAUGAUGAAGGCUCGAAUAUACUGUUUUCUAAAGUUACGAUUGCGGCCCGAUGGAAACAUUAUUUGAAGCCUGUUGAUUUAGAAGACAUCCAAACAGCUCGAAAUGGAUAUCGCGGUUCAAAUGCCGAAGAACUGGAUCUAAUUCGGGAAUUUAUUGCCGGAAAUGGCAGCCUCACCCAUUUAUUGAACACGAUUCCAUUUAUGCGUGUAGAGGAUGAAGACUGA